CUCAGCUGCCCAAUAUGGCGCUAGGAGGCGGCUUAGAUGUCUUCCGAGCAGAGAUGCUCACCUUCAGUUUAUGGGAUUAUGGGGUCUUUGCCUUGAUGCUCCUCAUUUCCACCAGCAUCGGCCUCUUCUAUGCCCUCUCCAAAGGAGGCCAGAAGACCUCUGAGGACUUCUUCACAGGCGGCCGGCAGAUGUCAGCCAUCCCCGUGGGGCUCUCACUCUCCGCCAGCUUCAUGUCGGCCAUCCAGGUUCUGGGGGUCCCGGCCGAGGCCUAUCGCUAUGGGGUGAAGUUCCUGUGGAUGUGCUUGGGGCAGCUGUUGAACACACUCCUGACCGCUUACCUCUUCCUGCCGGUCUUCUACCGCCUCGGCCUCACCAGCACCUACGAGUACCUGGAAAUGAGGUUCUCCAAAGCAGUCCGCCUGUGUGGGACGAUCCAGUAUAUCAUUGCCACGAUGCUGUAUACCGGGAUUGUCAUCUAUGCUCCAGCCUUGAUCCUCAAUCAAGUGACUGGGCUGGAUAUCUGGGCCUCUCUGCUCUCCACGGGGAUCAUCUGCACCUUCUACACAACCAUUGGAGGAAUGAAGGCUGUGAUCUGGACGGACGUCUUCCAAGUGGUGGUGAUGCUUUCGGGUUUUGUGGCCAUCUUGAUCCAGGGGACCAUCUUGGUGGGGAGCCCCGCACAAGUCCUGGCCAUCGCGUACAACAACUCCCGAAUCAACUUCAACGACUUUAACCUGGAUCCUCGCAGCCGCUACACUUUUUGGACCUUCAUCUUUGGCGGGACGAUGGUCUGGCUUUCCAUGUAUGGAGUGAAUCAGGCCCAGGUCCAGCGCUACGUGGCCUGCAAGACAGAGAGAGAGGCGAAAUUAGCCCUCCUUGUCAACCAGGUGGGCCUCUUCUUCAUCGUCUCCAGCGCUGUGGGCUGCGGGAUUGUCAUGUUCACCCUCUACAAGGACUGCGACCCCCUUUUGGCCGGAUACAUCUCUGCACCUGACCAGUACAUGCCUUAUUUGGUCUUGGAUAUCUUUGAGAAAUACCCCGGGGUACCUGGACUUUUCCUGGCUUGUGCAUACAGCGGGACUCUGAGCACGGCUUCCACCAGCAUCAACGCCAUGGCCGCCGUCACCGUGGAAGACCUGAUCAAGCCGAACUUGCCCAACCUCUCCCCACGGAAGCUGACCCUCAUCUCCAAAGGGCUCUCACUGAUCUAUGGGACGUCGUGCAUCACCGUCGCAGCACUGUCUUCGUUACUGGGAGGCGGGGUGUUGCAGGGUUCGUUCACCGUCAUGGGCGUUAUCAGUGGGCCCCUUCUGGGAGCCUUCAUCCUGGGGAUGUUUAUCCCAGCUUGCAACACCGUGGGAGUGUUGGCUGGGCUUCUUGUGGGAUUCGCCCUCUCUUUCUGGGUGGCUGUGGGGGGCACCCUCUACCCGCCCAGCGCCACCACCAUGGGGGUGCUCCCAUCCUACGGAGACUUGUGCCCGCUCUACAAUUCCUCCGAGGGAGCCAACGCUACCAUCGUGCUCGGCCCGCUACCACCCCGGAACAUCACGGAAGUCGCAGACAGGUCGGCCAUUGCGGAUGACUUCUACGCCAUUUCCUACCUCUACUACGGUGCCUUGGGAACGCUCACCACGGUUGUAAUCGGGGUUCUAGCCAGCUGCCUAACUGGGCCUGCGAAAAGGAGCUCAAAGAAGCCAGGUGUGCUCUGGUGGGACGUCAUGAAACAGACUGCCAUGGUCUCCCCAGAGGGGCUGAAGAAACCUUUCACCAAGGAUGCAGGGAACUCUCCCGAUCUGCAGAAGAAAGCCUUUGGCUCAACAUCUCUGGUGCCCAGCUUCCUGGCCGAGGAGAAGACCCUGUUGGCCAAGGAGGAGAAAGCAUCAUCGGAGGCCUCUGAGGAGAACCUCUGCGCCUGCAAUGCUUUUGACAGCAGCUAUUUCCACCAGCUCAGAGAAACCAACGUGUAAAGGAUUGGGCACCUUGAGGCCAGAGGCCUCCUGGAAAAGCUUAACUUGGGAAAGUACCCCAUUUUGGGAGGGAUGGACCUCAUUCCACAAAGAGAUAUUUGUAGAUCUCUGGCCAGGCCAGGCUGCAACCUCUGGAGAAAUU